GGGUAAAGAUAUCAUAAUUGAAGCAUUAUAUUUUCAUAUACUCAAUUCGGAAGAGCUUAUUCCACAAAAACAUCCGGAAUAGACCUAGACAUGGAGCUAAAGUUAUUUUUGUUGUUGGUGGAUGUGAAUAUGAUGUAUUUGAGAGUACAGAAUGGUACGACCCAAUAAUGGACCAAUGGCAUUAUGGACAAGACGUGGUUACAAGCCGUGGAAGAACUGGUAUAGCAACAGUGAAAGAUAAUUUAGUGUUUGCCGUGGGUGCUCCUGGUGCUUGUUCAACUCUUGAAUCCGGUGAAGUGAUAGAUUUAACAUCAAAAUCACCGUGGUGGAAACCAACUAUUAAGAUGAUACAUGAACGACAGUAUUUUGGAGUUGGUGUGAUAAAUGAUUAUCUAUAUGCCGUUGGCGGAUAUAGUGAUAAUGAUUAUUUUAAUAGUACAGAAGUUUUCGACUACAAUAUUCAAGAAUGGCGGAUGGUAUCUAGUAUGGCUACUAGAAGAUCUGGUUUAGGGGUCGGAGUACUGAAUAAUCUUUUAUACGCGGUAGGUACUUAUGUUCAAGAGCCUAAUGAGGAAAGUUUAAAUAUUAGCGGUAUUUGGAUCAACUCUACAUGCAAACUGACACCACCAUCACCUGAACUUGAAACCAAAAACCCUAAAGAGUCUUGCCAACAAAGUGUACUGAACUUUAUUGAUAUCAUAAGCAAUGAAGAAAAGUUUCGUCUGGAUGAGUUAAUGGCAAGAGCUAUUUUUUCAUCCACUGCACCAUUUUCAAUUGUAGAAAAUACUCAUUGGGUUAACUUUUUAAAGAUUUAA